AAAACCGAUUGCAUUUACUCUGCUGAAUUGGAUUUGGGUAAACAAAUUUGGAAAAGGCUGUCUUGGAUAAAAUUGCCGAUUCUUUUUUCCCUUAAAAAGAGGAUGGUGAGUAGGACUGUAGGAGGGAAAUUCAGGGUUGAAAAAGUAUAAAAUCCAUUGAAGGAGUUGGGAAAAAAUGCAGCGAGUGAAGAGAAUAUCUCAGAAAAAGAGUGAUGGGUUGUGGAAGAUGAUGGGUUUUGGGUUUUUUUUUUGGUACAUUGGCAUAGCCAAAACCAGUGGCUGAGCAGGUUGUUUUGGCACUCUGUGUGACCAAAUCUUCGGUUACAGGAGCAUUGAAUGGUUUUAGAAGUGGGUUAUCAGAUUUCACAAAGUGGGCCAAGCUUGGUGGAAUAAUUGAUUCCAGAGUGUGUUCAUUUAGGACUCUUGACUGGUUCGCCUACAAGACAUAUAAUCUACAUUAGGAGUUAUGACUGACCUGUUUAGGAUUUUUUAAUCAAGGAAAAUGGCUGCAACUAUUGUGGUGAAGUGGUGAGUGGCUUUAUCAGGGGGGUAUAUCACAUUGUGGAUCAGUUCCUGCUAUGUUAAGGAACUAAUGAAAGAAAAGGUACUUGAGCUGAAAAGAGGGAAUCUCGGCAAGGAAGUCGAGAAAUUAAACCAACUCGAUCUUCCCUCAAAGAGGAAGUCUUCCCUUAUAUCAAAGAAUGUCAAGCAAAGAAAAGUUGGAAGUAUUCCGAAUGCUGGUUUAGAUGGUGGAAAGCAUGCAAACAAAGACCCUGUAAUGAAAUGGUUUCAUUUUCAGUUUUAAGUAUGGGUUCAAAAAGAUCUAGCUGUGACAGGGAGGGAGAAGAUAUACUGGUAAGCCAAGCUAAGAAACGCGUUGGCAGAUUUUUGUAUGAAAUGGGCACUGAUUUUAGUGCUGCAACCCCUACAAGCCCUUGUGGAAAGAUUAAUGGUAUCCACAGUUGUCAUCAGGUCGAGUAUGAGUUUCUUAGCCAUCAGGAGUUGAAAGGUUGGAUCGUUUGGGAUGAGGUGAAAGAGAUGCUAGAUCAUGUGCAUGAGAUUAUAGAUACAUGCGCAACCACAGGGUGUAGCAUUGUAGUAGAUGGGUGGAAGGAUGAGAAGGGAAGAAACUUGAUGAACCUCCUUGUUGAUUGCCCUCGGGGUCCAAUUUGUUUUAGAUUAUGUGACAUUUCUACCUUGUCUGAUGAUGUGGAUGCCUUGGUGGUGUUGUUUGAACAAGUUAUUGCAGAGGUCAGGGUUGAAAAUGUUGUGCAAAUCGUCUCCCAUUCUGUGUCAGAAUGUAUGGCAGCUGUGGGCAAUAGUUUGAUGGGCAAGUACCCAACAUUGUUUUGGACAGUUUGUGCAUCUCAUUGCAUAGAGAUGAUAUUGGAGAAGAUUGGGAUGAUGGGCACCACUAGGGAGAUAUUGGAUAAAGCGAAGACCAUUACAAGGUUCAUACACAGCCAUGCAAUGGUUCUAACCUUAUGAGGAAUCAUACACUUGUCCAUGACCUUGUGAAACCCUCGAAGAGCAAGCCAGCAAUCCCAUUUUUGACUUUACAAAAUAUAGUUUCAGAAAAAUGUGGCUGGAGAAGAUGCUUAUCUCAUCUGAGUGGAAGACCUCUUACUGGGCUUCCAGGAGAGAUGGGAAGGGGGUAGCUGAUAUAGUGGUGGAUCCCUCUUUCUGGAAUGGAGCUGAGACGGUUCUAAAGCCAACUGUUCUUCUGGUGGGCGUGCUAUGCUCGAUCAUUAGGGGUGAUAAGGGACAAAUGUGUUACAUAUAUGAAACAAUGGAUGCAGUGAAGGAAGAUAUUGCAGUGGAAUUUGAAAAUAACGAAUCUCAAUGCAUGCGCUUCUGUUUCUGUAGUGGGUGUUAAAGUACAAACAUGCUACUGACCAUAUCUCAUUUUGGAUCCGCCCAUUGGGUACGAUACACUCAAUACAACAGUUAAUUUUUCUAUCAAAAUUAACUUCUAUAUUGAGCUUAUGGUACCCAAUGGGCGGAUCCAAAAUGAGAUAUGGUCACAACUUGACCAUUAUUUUGAUUUUGGGAUGGGGAGAGCCAUUGACAGAAGAAAUGAUAUUCAUCCAGGUUAGAGAAAUAUAAUCCCUUUGAUUGUCCAGUUCUGCGCAUCGGAAAUGGAACUAUUAGAUGAGUUGCUAUUUACAUGUAUGGGAAGUUUUGAAUUAAUUCCAUAAUUUUUAUAAAUAUUAUCUUGUAUAGCUAUCAUACAAGUGUAAUAGCCAUGUUCUAAAAAUAUGGUUGUUAUUGGAAUAGGAUAGUUGUGUUUCCUUAUUUGAAUGUGAUUUAGUCAAUUAUUGUAUAUGAUUUAAGGCCUUGUAAUAAUUCAGAAAAAUAAAAGAUCAUUUUCCUCCUUUUUCUUCA